AUUUGGUAAGUUUUAUUAAUAAAGGACUUAAUUUAAAUAUUGUGUUCAGUUCUCGUCGAAGCGUCAUCAUAGUCGUUGGAGAUGUGUUUUUGAACUAUAAUGGCUCUAAAAUUAAUUUGCCUGGCUACUUUUGUUACUGCGGUGCCAUUGACAGCGUUAAACCGUAGUGCUGGAAAAAAAGAAUCUGAAUUCGACAAUAUAUGGGAAACAACCAUGAGACAAGAAGAAUUUGACGGCAUGCCACUACCAGAAAAUUCAGAUGUACCGACUGUCACUCAAAUAACACCGGCAAUAGUGAAAAUCGGACAACGUUACGGUGUCCCGUACGCAGAACCUUUGGGAAAGAAAAAACACCACCACAAUUCUGUGAAAAACGACGAUUUCACGGAGCACGUUGUGGGUGCGUCUCUUAUGUCAGGCGGCACGCUGUUGUCGCUGGGUGCAUUGGCUAUGGUCGUGAUGGCCAGCAAAGCGCUACUGUUCGCGUUUGGAGCUAUCAUAUUGACAUGUAUGAACUCGGGUUGGACGACUGGGUGGCACAAGCCCUGGGAAAAGGCGAGUACCGUCUACGAAGUGGUUGCUAAACCACAGAUCACACACGGUCACACCUACUCCGCAGAAGUGCACCACGAUCCUUAUGCAGCAGCGUACCCACAGCAACAACUGCAGUCUUCGGGUGGUGGAGAAUACCACAGCGGAUAUCCGGUGCAAUCACAUUGAUGGGCGCAGGGAAAUGAUUCCUAUUUACUUUACAAUAGUAUUAUUAAUACUUUAUUAUUUAUUAUUAAUAUUAGUAUCAUCGCUACAAUACUAAAAUUACGAGUGCAAUUAUURUAAUUAUUAUUAUUGCUUAUCGAUUUUAAUGUCCUUCCUGAGAAAAUAUAAUACACGGAUUGAUGACGAGUGUUACAUUCAACACGUYUUGUA